AUGUGUGAGAAACUCAAUAUCCCAAAAGGUGCGAUUUACGAAGAAGCAACUAGCACACAUUUCUCCGAAUGGCUCGGAAAAGAGCGCAGUUUGUUUCUCGGCACAUUGUGCGUCGACGAGAUGGAAAACGGAAUUUUCAUUGAUUAUUUGAAGAUGAGAUACCCUCACAUCGACGAGACAAUCCGUGUGAGACCAUAUACGGAAUGCUUGCGAGGCAACAAUGUGACCAUUCAUGAGAAUAUGCUCAGAACAGUUCGAAUUGCGAAGGAGCACGGCUUCAAGAUCGCAAUGUUGACCAACAAUAUGUUCUUGGAUAUUGAGCAUAAGGAGCCACGUCUUCCAAUUGAUCUCACCCACUUCGUUGAAGUCGUUGAAUCUUGCAUUGAGCAUACGAUGAAGCCAAAUUUGGAUUUCUACCAGAUUUGCGAGAAGCGUCUUGGUGUCAAAGGAGAGCAAAUCGUGUUCCUUGACGAUAUUCAAGAAAAUCUUGAUGCUGCGCAGAAGCUUGGCUGGAAAACGAUCAAAGUGGGAAGCAAUGUUCAAGAAGCAGUCGACGAGCUCUCGAAAAUGAUCAACGUGAAGUUUGAUUAA